AUGAAAGCAGGUUUCGCAAGUGGUUUCAAUUGCUUUCCUUGCUUUUUAGAAGAUUUAAGAAGAGACUUUCAGCAAGAUAUCCAAGAACAUGCACAGCAAAACCCUGAAGUAAAAGAAUUAUUUGAAAACUUUCUCCAAACUAUCGAAAAUGAUUUAUAUCCCGGAGGAAAGGGAAAAGGCAAUAGUUCAGAAAUAAAAAUAAGGAAAAUCAUGGAAAAGAAACAAAUUAGAGGAAAUAGAGACCAAGUCUUGUCAAAAGAUAAAGGUGUUAAUUGUUGCCAUGUAGCAAUUGCUGUGGCACUUUUCUUUGGAAUUGCUGUAGUAGUUGUGGUUGGUCUUUUUUUGGGUUAUACUGUGAAAAUCAAUCACCAACAAGCUGAUACCGAGAAGACCUUUCCCCACCCAUCAAGUGCCGAAUUCGCAAAAAAAAUGAAAAAUCAUUGCAAAAUCUAUCCUAAUUAUGCUCUCCAAAUCACUAAUCAAGAAGGGUUGCAAAUAUUAAUAAAUAUUCAAGUUGAUAGAAAAAAUCCCAUGCCGCUGGGAAAAAUAUUACAAUGCGAAGUAAAAGAAGGACAAGAAGUUAAUCCUAAAACGCCGGAAGUUAUCAGCAAAAUUGGUAUCUUUCAAAAAGAUGAUAAAAAAUGUUUUGUCAAAGUUUAUUAUCGUAAUCCCUAUGCUAAAUUACAAUUUAAAAAGCAUGUCCUCCAAGAUAUUUACAAAGAUAUCUCGGAAGAAGAAUUUAUGGAAGAAAGAAAAUUGGCUAAUCAUCUCGUAAAAAAAUUACUUCCUAAGCAAAAAAUAAAGAUUAGAUUUGUGGAAGAGUUGGAAGACUCUCGAAAAUACAUCUUACAAAAACGGAAAGUAUUCAAAGAUGCUCUUCCUCAUGAGUUUGCCCAUGCGGCUAAUGAGGUUCGUUUUCAUCCUGACUACAAUCCUAAUUCUACUCUGUUUUCUCGCCAUUGUUCCCGCUGUGGCACUCCUCAUCCCGGAAAAGGACAUGAUAAAAUUUGA